CUCCUCUCGCUCGCUUGCUCUUUCUCUGCGUGCGAGCGCGUCUGUGUGAUGGAGAUUUGUCUCUCGUAAAGUCUCUCCCAGGAUUUGCGCUCGCCGGAGGCUUUUGCAGCGAAGCAGAGCGGCCAGCUGGACGGAGAGGAGCAAUUGCCACCAGAGAUUCCGGCGGGGAGAACCGAAAGCGGUGGGAAAGGUCGUUUCCAGACGCCCCUGGAGUUGCUUCCAAACAGAAGAGAGAGAGAGAGAGGAAGACGCCGCGGAGAAACAGCGAAAGAUUCCGCCCUCCCCGCGCCCACGACCGUCUCUUUCUUCUUCUGCCCAACUUUUGCGCAGCGCGGGGCUCGAACCUGCGGCUCCGCGGACGGGGAAAAGUUUGCAGAGCGAUCCGAGGGUGCUCCGCGUCUUCCCCCAGCCUCCCCAACCCCCCUCGAUGCUCCUUCGGCCCGUGUCGCGCACCUGCACCUUAUCCGGUAGAACAGAAGCGUCUCUGGAUGCCUAGGUGUUGUGGGGAUUUUGGGGGGCUGGGAGGGGGCUCCUCCUUCCACCCCCAUUCAGGAAGAACCUAAGUCAUGGCGAAGAGGUGAUCAGCCAGGAACUUCCAUCCGGCCCCGAGGAAAUGCAAAGGUGGAAAUAUUUCAGAAGAGCAGCUUUUUGACUUCUAAGGAGAAGCUGCAGCAAAUCCCCGUUUUACAGCUCCCGGUUCCUCACCUCUUUUCCGGGAGUUCUUCAACAUGGGUGCUCUGCCGAUUGCCCCUGUGGCCUUCAGCUUGACUCUGGGCGCUCUGCUAUGCCGAGUGACCAUUGGCCGUGGGGCCUCAGACAAUGUUCAGAAGUUUUCCUCUCUGCCAACAUAUCUACCUGUAAGAUAUCAGAUCUCCAGCACCGAGAGUUCGUUUUUCCUCAAAGAAACUAACCAGGAGUUCAUGCGGAACUCCAGUUUGCAAUCUCGGAUGGAGACCUUCUUCACCUACAAAGCCAAGAAGACCCCUGUGAUCAAUGCUAGUUAUGGGCCCUUCUCUGUGGAACAGGCUGUGCCCCAGGACCUGCUGCUGACCUCAAGCUUUUUUGGAUCCACCAACAAAUUUACAUUCAAUUGGAAGCUGAAAGCGUACAUCAUGAGUGAAAAGGUCUAUUUGACCAGGCCCAAAGUCCAAGUUCUUUUUUACAUUGUGGGAAGAGAUUGGGAUGACUACCGCAUGACAGAGCAGCUGCCUUGCAUGCGAGUCUUUGCCUUUCGGGAAACGCGGGAGGUUCGGGGCAGCUGCAGAUUGAAGGGUCACCUGGGCUUGUGUGUGGCUGACCUGGAACUUCAGCCCACCUGGUUUAACCCAGCAACGGUUGUCACCGGCCGCAAAAAAGCAUCCAAUCAGUCCGAAGGGAGCUCAGUGGAGCUUUACUACACCAUUCAGCCUGCAGAUGAAAAUACCGAGUGUACUUCGGAAGACAUCCGUAAGGGGAACGCCAUCCGACCAGGGAAGGAAGGGUCAGGGGAAACCAUGUCCCACUUGCAGAGAAUUGGUUCCAUCACUCUCUACAGGACCCCGGAGAGCUCUCAGCUGACAGAGCUGUGGCUGGAUAGCAACGUCAUCAUCUGGUUGCCAGCGAAACCCAUCAGACAAGGAGAAGUUGUGAGCGCUUUGGUGACAGUCACCAACAACAUCACCGUGGACCAAUUCAUCCUGAGGGCAAAGGUAAAGAAAGGAGUAAAUAUCCUGAGUGCAAAGGCAAGUGACCCAAGGCAGUGGGACGUGACGCAGAACGUAGGGAACGGUGGGAAACACUCGACCACAACAGUGAUGUGUCAGAGAAUAAUGCAGAGUCCAAGGAGCAGAAAUAAUAACAAUAUGUUCAGCGAGGUGGUGCGGCUGAACUUUGAAAUAGCCAGCUUCAGCAGUCUUUCCGGAACACAGCCUAUCACCUGGCAGGUGGAAUAUCCUCGAAAAGGGACAACAGACCCAGCCCUCUCUGAAAUCUUCAUUUGCCAGAAGGAUCUCGUCGGGAUUGUUCCAUUGGCGAUGGACACAGAGAUACUGAACACUGCGAUCCUCACAGGGAAGACAGUUGCGGUGCCCAUCAAAGUGGUGUCGAUUGAAGAGAACAGUGCUGUGACGGACAUCUCUGAAUCUGUGGAAUGCAAGUCCUCUGCUGAAGAUGUCGUCAAAGUUUCCGACAGGUGUGACUAUGUUUAUGUCAACGGCAAGGAAAUGAAAGGCAAAGUGAAUGCAGUGGUGAACUUCACCUACCAGUACCUGAGUGCUCCUCUGCAGGUUACUGUAUGGGUGCCACGCCUGCCUCUUCAGAUUGAUGUUUCAGAUACUGAGCUGAGUCAAAUAAAAGGCUGGAGAGUUCCCAUCAUUUCGAACAAGAGACCUACAAGGGAGAGUGAUGACGAGGACGAAGAUGAGCGGAAAGGACGAGGCUGCACCCUCCAGUACCAGCACGCCAUGGUGCGGGUUCUCACCCAGUUUGUAGCUGAGGACACCAGCCCGUGGGGACAGCUCACCUAUUUGCUAGGUUCUGAUUGGCAGUUUGACAUCACGGAUUUGGUGACGGACUUCAUGAAGCUAGAGCAGCCUCACGUGGCCCAGCUACAGGGGGGCAAAGUCUUGGUGGGACAGGAAGUCGGCAUGACAAUGGUCCAGGUAUUGUCUCCGCUGUCUGAUUCCAUCUUGGCAGAGAAAACUGUGACGGUGCUGGAUGAGAAGGUGACCAUCACGGAUAUGGGGGUCCAGCUGGUAGCUGGAUUGUCACUCUUCCUUCAGCCCAGUGCAGUGAGUAACCGAGCUGUUGUGGCUGUCACUGUGGCCCAGGAGCUGCUCCAUACACCCAAACAGGAAGCAGUGGUCAGCUCUUGGGUCCAGUUCAGCGAUGGCUCAGUGACCCCACUGGACAUUUACGACCCCAAAGACUUUUCCCUCUCGGCUUCCUCUCUCGAUGAAUUGGUCAUUUCAGCCCACCAGAGCUCUGCUAUGAAAUGGCCAGUGGUUGCAGCAGAAGGCGAAGGACAAGGCACAUUGGUCAAAGUGGACAUGAUGAUCUCUGAAACCUGCCAGAAGUCCAAGAGGAAGAGUGUUCUCGCCGUAGGCAACGGUAGCAUCAAGGUCAAGUUUGGUCAGAAUGAUGCCAACUCCCAUGGGGCCGGCGAUUACGAUGCCGAUGAGAUCGAGAACCAUGCGAGCGACCGAAGGCAGAAGGUGUUGGACCAAGAGCGGUAUGGGCAAGACGGGCGGUACUAUGGAAGCCCUUCUGCCGAACGAGAGGAAGUUUCCGUCAGGAAAGCUGGCACCACUGCAAAGUCUACGAUCAAAAGCAAAGUCUUUAAGAACAGCCUGGAUGGAGAAAAGCUGUCGGAUGACGGACAGCUCCAAAACAUCCCAAUCGACUUCACCAACUUCCCAGCACAAAUUGACCUUCCCAAAAGCAAUGGUGGCACAGAGGACAGUGACCUUGUGCAGGCACCCAGGGGUCUCAGUGACUUGGAGAUUGGGAUGUAUGCUCUGCUGGGAGUCUUCUGCCUCGCCAUCCUUGUGUUCCUGAUAAAUUGUGCCACCUUCACGUUAAAAUACCGGCACAAGCAAGUUCCGAUGGAAGGGCAAACUUCCAUGAGCCACUCCCAUGACUGGGUGUGGCUUGGGAAUGAAAGUGAGCUCCUAGAGAACCGAGUGGACGUCUCCCCCCAGCAGAACGAACGCACAACUAACAUAGACCGAGGGAUAGGCUUUGAGGAGAGCAACCAGCUCCUCAAUGGCAGCACACCGAAAAGUAUCCAGAGCCAAAUCCAUAGGUCGGCUGACUCAGGGGGCAAGCAGGGGGAAGGGCCGAAGGUCGAUCCCCCUUUGCAUUCACCCACCUCCAAGCGGAAGCGGGUGAAGUUCACGACAUUUACCACCAUCCCUCCAGACGAUGGUUGCCCCACCAUCAACUCCAUCCUCAACUGCAAUGAAGAUGACAUUAAAUGGGUUUGCCAUGACAUGGACCUGGGGGAGUCGAAAGAGAUAAGAAACUACAUGGAGAAGCUCAAAGACAAAGCAUAGCUUCAGUUGAUGGGUUUUUUUAUGGUUUAGCAACCACACCUUGAUGCCUUCAGUUGAGUUGAGAGGGACUUGCGGAAUAAGAUGGAUCUGUUUGUGCGUGUGUGAACUGUGGGGGGAACUGAACAGACUUACUCACAACAGAUUAUAUAUAUAUAUAUAGUCAGGGAGAGGUAUUUGCUAAAGAUGUUCAUGAUGGCUUGUUCUUAGUCCCCCUCCCCAGAUGGAAUGUCCAACCAUUUGGAUAAGCUAACCUCCACCAAGCUGGUCCCCUCCAGACAUUUUUGGACUACCAAUUCCCCUCAGCCCCAGCCUGUACAGCUGUGCUGAUGGGAUUUGAUAGUCCAAAACAUAUUGAGGGUACCAGCUUGGCAGAACUUGGGACAAGAAGCCCAAAGGAAUUGAACUGACUAGUAUGAUGUACUGGGACAAGGUGAGGUUAUGAUAUGGAUGAUUAGGGUGUCAAAGACAAUUAAACACAAGGUACCAAAAGUAUUCUUUUUUUUUACAAAAAAAGGAAAAAAGAUAAUAAAAAAGAAAGAAAACUUCUUUAUAUUUCUAAUAAAGCAUCAAAAAUAUGAUACUGAGACUUAUGAAGAGACUGUCUGAAGGUAAUAGUCAUACAGUCGCUGCAGCUGGAGACAGGAUGUGAUGCCAGGCAGAGGAGAGACAAUAUUAUUUUUCUUUACAGUUCAAUUUUUUAAAAAAAAGAUUGUGUCACAUGCUGUACGUAGGGUCCCCCUCCCCUUUGUUCCCCACUCUUCUGCCUUUCAUACCUUACUUUUCAUUUUGGAGGGAUGCAGCGGGUGGGGGGCAAUAAUUAACCAAGAAGUUUUUCUAUGGAACAAAAAUAAUAUCCCAACAUUAGUUUAUAUAUACUCUCAACACUUGAAGAUGAUCAACACAAGCACUUCAUUUCAGUGUGGCAUGCUUUUGGAAUGCAUGAAUUUCAUUAAGGGCCAGCUGAUGUCUGGAUCUGGCCCUUGAAGCAGCCUUUUCAGCCCUCACCACCCACCUGCCAACUAUUAGUCCUUCCCACUUUGGACUGGGGUUUCCCCCCAUACACACAAUUUUACCUUCUAUUGAGAAGAAGCUGGAACUGGUGGAGGAUGGGGCACAAGGGUGAAUGGGGCACUGCCCCACCAACCUCAUUCUUGAUUCCUCCGAGGCCCCCUGCCUGCCUUCUCACAGCCAGGGAUUGGCCCUGGCUGUCAGCUUCUUCCUCCUAAGUCUCUAUUUUGCAGUUAUGGAGCUUAGCAGGGAGGAGGACGGGACAAACAUGGAAUUAGUUGGUGCCACCUGCCAUUGGCUCAGGCACCAUCCAUUGUGGCUUCCCUGGUGUCUGCCCUGCCAGUCCCAGAGGCCACCACUGGCAAGGAUGCUGGGUGCAUAUUUCAUGUCCACCUUUUUUGUGUCAAAAGCUCUUGAACAUUUUGGAAUGGCAGAGUUAACCACUGUCAACCUCUCCAGAAGCACAUGCAUCUCUCAACCUGAAUAAACAAUGAGCUCAUCAUUCCUGAUUGCAUGUAUGAUGUACCUGUGAAGUAUGAGCUGCUGGACGAUCCCAACUCCAUUACAGACUAAACCAGGGAUGGUGCAACAUGUGGCCAUCUGGCAGUGGCUGAUGGGCCCUGGAGUCCAACAUAUGCCAAGCAUCACUUGGGCUACCCUUGGCAUAAAGCCUUAUCAUCAGUAGACAAAUGACACCGACAAAAUGCUACAUAGGAUCCUCUAUGCGGUGGGUGCUUUCAUUGUGAUGUUCCCUUAGUGGUUUCAUCCCAAGAGAACAGGAAAUUAAACAUGCUAUCCAUAAAAACCCAUCAAGACUAUCAUGCGGGAGGCGAGGAUAGAGAGCUCCAGUCUUUUCUCCAGCCCUAAUUUGUAUGCACCCCUUCAUUGGGUUUGGGGAACCUGUGGCCCUCUAGACAUCCUUGUAUUCCAAUUCCCAGCCCCAGCCAGGAUGUCCAAAGGUCAAGGACCAUGGGAGAUGCAGUCUACCACCAUCUGGGAGGCCACAGGUUCCCCCUUCCCUGUUCUACAACUCUUCUCCCACAUCUCAUCAUGGAGGCUGGUGUUUUAAGCCAAGCCAAGAGGUGGGGCCAGUCCUGCUCCAAACCUGGGCAAACCCCACAGUUUCCACAAGCUGAAUGGAAGCCCAAAGACCUGAGAAAUAUAAUCUAAAGGAGACUUUGGGCUUCCCAGGUGCCGUGUGUCUCGGAAGCGGAGGCAAUGGUCCCACACUCAAGUCCUGGUUUGUAGAAGGAAUCAUUAAAAUGAUAUGGCCCUUCCCUUGUAAUGUCAGAUCAGUCUUUAGAAGGGUGAUGAAAUAUAUUGAUGGUGUUCCAAUUAGUGGCAACUUGGCUACCUUCUACUUGGGUGGGCAGGGGAGUUGCAACACUACAAUGUUGGCACCCGACACCCCAAGAGCAGUGCUCUAUUGUAUCCAUGCUGUGCAUAAACUUUGGUCCUCAAGAUAUUUCGGAACUACAACUCCCAUCAGCCCUAUCAAGCAUUGCCAAUAAUAUGGGAUGAGGAGGAUUGAAGUUCCGCAACAUCAGAACCAAAGGCUCCCUCCCGCACCCCACUACUGUACCCCCAUAGGAUUGAGUGGCAGUCAUUCAUAAAUAUGGGAGCAAGGAGAAAGGUGCAUCACUUAAGUGGGGCUGGACCUUUUCCUUGUGGUGCUGCUCCACCCACUCAUCUACUUAGCCCCACUUUUCUUUCUUGGUCACCCCACAGUGUGACAGAACGUUGAAAACUGACUUAAAGGUUCUUAGGAUCUCAAAACAGAUGUAUUGUUUCAGCCUUCAGACUAGAACAAUAAGGUAGUCCUGACAAAGGUAGGCAUUGACCAUUCCUGAACUAUGUCCAGGAGGCAACUCUUUUGCAGGCGAGUGAGGGAGAAAUGAACUUUCUGGUUUCAUUUUCACAACCAAAGUUAUAUCCUAAAAGGAAAAAAAAUGUUGUCAUCUCCAGCACAUGACUUCCAAGCAUGGAGAUGACUAUUUUUUGCCUCAGAAGCAUGGAAGCAAAUUUCCAGUCCUCAAGGGUGAGGAAGUAUGUGAGCAGCACCUGGGGAAAUCUCAGACAUUGGGGACAGCAGAAUUCUUGGUGCACAAGAUGGUGGGUUUCAAUGCCUGGUCCUUACCCCUCCAUGAUUAGUAAAACAAAAGACACCUGCAAGAAGAUUUUGUAAGGCUCGUCUUUCCCCUUCUGCCCCACAUGCUACAGAAGUGGAAGAGGAGGCAUUUCACUACUCCUUCCAGAAUGUCAGGACAGAAAAUAUGAGUAUCUGCAACCAUAAUGUCUAAACUUACCAGGAUUUCAGGCAGGGUUCCACUCAGCCCUCCCUGGAGAUGCCAGGGAUUGAACCUGGUAUCUUCUGCAUGCAGUGCAGAUGCUCUACCGCUGGACUAUAGUCCUUCCCCUAUUCCCAGCAGCUACCAUAAGCCCAAAGCCAAGCCCAGUAACCUCAUCUUUAUGCCAUGAUAUUGCAUCACCCAGAGAAGGUUAGGCCACAGCAGCAGGGCAGGCUCAAGACAUUUUCACACCUGAGGCAAACCACAAGAUGGUACCUCCUUCCCUUCCAGGGAAGAAGGGGUGAGUGAAGAUCUACAUCAGGAAACAAGUGGGGAACUAAGAUCUACAUUGGGAUCUGCUGCCCCGGGGGAUGCUGCUGCCUGAGGCAGUUGCGUCACCUUGUCUCAUGGUUGGGCCGGACCCACACAAGGGGAAAGUUGACACCAGGAAAAGAACUGCUGGCUGCUGCAGAUGAAGCUCAGCAAGGUGAGAAGCAGGGAGUCCCACGUGCCCAGGACUGGAGCCUGAGAGGGACCUGGCAAGCAGGCAGGAAAGUGAGCAGAAACAGCCAGGUUUAGAAGCCAAGGAGCACCAAUCAAAGCUGCCUGUCACCCAAUCAAAACCUCGAACUAAACGGGGGGGGGGGGCGGGGUUUAAAAAACACAAGGUCAAAAUAAACUAAGGUGCUGCCAGACUGAGUGGAGCUCCCCUGGUGGUAGGGAGGACUAUCAUAGCCCAGGAAAACAUUCUAAUUGCAGGUCCGAAUGGCAAGGGGACGAAAGAGCACAGUUCCUGACAUUCCAGGUUCGCUUCUUCCUCCUGAUUCGCAGCAAAAUCUUGUUGAAAUUUAAAGGUCUUGUCACUCUCUUCUACAUCUUUGGAAAGCUGCACCCCGUGUUGCCUGCUAAAUAGGAACACACUCUGCUUGCCUUCAUCAAUUCCAAUUAUUAUUUGAACGACUCGUUAAGUUUUAUUUGGGUCCAGAUUCCCUACCCCUUUUUUAUUUGUCUUGACUGUCUGGGUGUGACGAAGCCCACCACCCUAUAACAUAGAUCGACUUUUUUAAAAACAAAAUUUGCCUAGUAUGCAUUGUAGACUCAAAGAAUGUAAUAUUUAUUUAUAUGUGUUAUACAAAUUGUAAUUAAAAGGCUUUACAUGG